CUUUUCUUCUUGUUUCGUUUCUAUUUUACAGACUUUAUACCAUAAACGAUGGUCAAUAUCCAAACCGUUGCCACACAGCCUUUUGAAGGCCAAAAGCCUGGUACUUCAGGUCUCAGAAAGCGUGUCAAGAUUUUCCAACAAAAGAACUACACCGAGAACUUUAUUCAAUCUAUUUUGGAAGCUAUCCCUGAAGCCGAUGGUGGUGCUAAAGGCGCUACCCUCGUCAUCGGUGGUGACGGUCGUUACUACUCUGAUGAGGUUCUUCAAGUCAUUGUCAAGUGUAGUGUUGCUCAAGGUGUUUCCAAAUUAAUUGUUGGACGUAAUGGUAUUGUUUCCACACCUGCUGCUUCCAAUAUUAUUCGUAAACGUAAGGCAACGGGUGGUAUUCUCUUGACCGCCUCUCAUAACCCCGGUGGACCUGAUAACGACUUUGGUAUCAAGUACAACUGCUCUAACGGUGGUCCAGCUCCUGAAUCCGUCACCAACAAGAUUUAUGAAGUUUCCAAGACCAUCAAGGAACUCAAGUUGGCUGAUGUCCCCAAAGUUGAUUUCUCCAAGAUUGGUACUCAACAAGUGGGUGAUAUGACGAUUGAAAUUAUUGACGGUGUCGCUGAUUACGUUGACCUUAUGAAGGAAAUUUUUGACUUUGAUGCUAUCAAGUCUUUCUUUGCCAAGAACAAGGAUUUCAAAAUGCUGUUCGAUGGUAUGAAUGGUGUCACUGGUCCUUACGGCUACCGUCUUUUCGUUGAAGAAUUCGGCCUUCCUGAAUCCAGCGUCAUGCGCUGCACUCCCCAACCUGACUUUGGUGGCGGACAUCCUGAUCCCAACUUGACUUAUGCUCACGAUUUGGUUGAAGCUGUCAACAGCCAAGGUAUCGAUUUCGGUGCUGCCUCGGAUGGUGACGGUGACCGUAAUAUGAUCAUCGGUAAGAACGCUUUUGUCACACCUUCUGAUAGUGUCGCUAUUAUUGCCCACUACGCUAAGGAUGCCAUUCCCUACUUCAAGAAGCAUGGUGUCAAUGGUUUGGCUCGUUCUAUGCCUACUUCUCAAGCUGUCGAUCUCGUCGCUAAGAAAUUGGGUCUUGAGCAUUUCGAAGUUCCUACUGGUUGGAAGUUCUUUGGUAAUUUGAUGGAUGCUGGUCGUUGCUCUAUCUGUGGUGAAGAAUCCUUUGGUACAGGUUCUGAUCACAUUCGUGAGAAGGACGGUCUUUGGGCUGUUUUGGCCUGGUUGAGUAUUCUUGCUCACGUUAAUAAAGACAAGACAAUGGGUGUCCAAGAUAUCCUUCAAGAGCAUUACAAGAUUUAUGGUCGCAAUUUCUUCUCCCGAUAUGAUUACGAAGAGGUGGACGGUCAACGUGCUGAUGACAUGGUAAAGAGACUCAGUCAUCAAAUUGAAAAGAAUGAAUUGGCUGGCAAGAAGAUUGGUGACUUUACCAUUGAUAAGGCCGAUGAUUUCGAAUAUUUGGAUCCCAUUGACGGUAGCGUUUCCAAGCACCAAGGUAUCCGUAUCAUCUUCACGGACGGAUCUCGUAUCAUCAUCCGUUUAUCUGGUACCGGUUCUCAAGGUGCCACUGUUCGUCUUUAUGUAGAGAAAUACUCUAAUGAUGCUGCUGAAUACCCCAAGGACGCUCAGGUUGGCUUAAAGCCUUUGAUCGAUGUUGCUUUGGAAUUGUCCGAACUCGAAAAGUUCACCGGUCGCAAGGAACCUACUGUCAUUACCUAAAUCUCGCUCACCUGCAUGCUCAUCAUUUUAAAAGAAAAAAAAAUUCCCUUUCCUAUAGUGCUAUCUCCAUUGUAAUAUAACAUAUUCCCUGCAUAACCAACGGUUUCAUUCCUCCUAAAAUUUUGCCGUAUUUAAUCUUCUCUUCUUGGGAAAAAAGUGUCUGAUCUUCUAACUUCCAAAUGGGUAGGAAUGAAUUAAAAAAACAAUAUAAUAAAUGCUUGUUUUUGUUAAAAGUA